GGGAAUAGCGAGUGCUGCCUUGGUGCCCGAGGGGUGGGCCUGGCGGCUUCACCCCCAGAACAAGAACUGGGCAUGGCGCCGCCCGUUGCCCAAGGCAUCUCCUGCACUUCUGGUCUCUCUCACACUGUGCUGGGAGUCAGUCUGGGCACGUCUUCCUCGGGGAGGCUUAAGGAGCUGGUGUGACCUGCACCCAUCACGCUUGGGUGGGGGCUGCUGCUGGCUCCCUGCUUUCUGACCAGGUGCCUUCUGCCGCUUGCUGCAGCGUGCGCGUUCCUUGCACCGAACUGUGUGGGGGAUGCCCUGGCCCGGGGCGGGCAGCUGAGAGCAGAGGGAUGGGCCAGGAGGGGCAGGGGUUUGAGGGAGAGUGCCCACGCUGGCAGGGUGUUUUGGGGUGCUGGAGUCGAGCCGUCCUGAUCUGCAAGCCUGAUUGUGGAGCUGCGCUGCAUCGCUGUCAGCGAGUCUAAGGCUGGGUGCGGGGCCUGGAUCCUGGCUUCCCCCUGGGUCGGAGGGGCAGGGCUGUGGGUCGGGACAGCACCAGGUCACCGGUCGGUAGCAGGAAGGCUGGACCCGUGCGUGCUUGCUGUAAGCAGGGCAGCCAGCUCCCUUUUGGAGGCCUUGGCUGCAGCCCCGGCUUGCUCUCGAAUUCAGCUUCCAGAGGCUUCAUGGCAUUGCAGAGAUGCUGCAGCUGCCCACAAUAGAGGAUAUUCAGCUGGGCAGCUUCAAUGGGGCCUUCUCAUGGCGAAUCAUGGGCCGGAGGGCGCUGGUCACAGUGGGGGAAGGGCAGGUUGCUCGGGGCUCCAGCGAGGCCCGUGGGUGUUUGCUCGGGGUGGUGCUUCUGCAGGGUCAGACCCUGUGUCCACAAGCCACAGCUGGGGAGUGCUGAGCUUGCUCCCUGCUCUCCAUCGCGGGCAGGGACGGCCACUCCGUUGUGACUGGCCUGGCACGUCCUAGUUCUGGAGCUCCGUGGUCCCGCAGGAGACUUGCAGCUCGUGCUGCGAGUCCCCUCUGCGGGGAGGAGGUUGGCUGGACAGGCUGACAGCCUCGUGGUCGCACGCAAAGACCCCCCUGCCCCCCCAGAGCGGGCUCCAGGCCGGCCUGCCCUUCCCCAUGGUGACGCUCGUCUCUGCAGGUUAGGGAGCGCUGCCAGCACUAGGUUGCCUUGCUGUCUCAGGGGCUGUGGUUGCCCACCACGGGAAGCGAUGGUGGCACUGCAGCACCUCUACAGAGAUCUCCAGUACUGCCCAGGCACACGUGCUUCCCAGGAGGGACAGCUGCUUGCAUGGAGCUCCUUCUUCCUUGGGAGCAUGCAUCGGCCAGGUGCCUGAAGGAACUGCGAGGCAGGGAGGACGCAGUGACCUGCCUGGGAAUGGGAAGUUCUCCCAGUUGCUGGGGAGUGAGCACCUAGGAGACUCUCGACCUCUGCCAGUUGCAGAGGCUGCUGCAUCCCCUUGGCCCUCCCAGGCUGCACGUCCCAGCCCUGCUCUCCAUCCUUGUGCUGCACCUGGGUCAGGUUCUGCUCCUCCGGGCUGACACUGCCUCUGCCCGCUCCCACUCUCGGGAGGGCUGCUCCUAGGUCCUGUCCACAUGGAGGGGCUGGGGAAUUAUAUUCCAUACCACCAGGCCUCAUCUGCUAGGAGGGGUAUUCCUAGACUGCAAAAGGAGCCCUGGCAAGGGUCCGUGAAGGAAGACCUUUCUGAUCUCACUUAAGGUGCUUGAAAUCUCCCAGCCUGAGAGGUGAGGAGAGGCCCCAUCUCGCUGGUGGGGUGUGACCACAGCCCUGGGGGAGCAAGGCAAACACCUGCCUGCAGAAGCAAAUGCAUCACAAGCUGGGAAGAGGGGAGCCAGGCAGCACCACCUCCAGCGCAGGCAAGGGUGGAUGCUCUCCCACGUCCAGGCAGAGCUGGAGUAGGCUGGGACGAUGCCGCCACCCUCAGACAUUGUGAAAGUGGCUGUUGAGUGGCCUGGAGCCAAUGCCCAGCUACUGGAGAUAGACCAGAAAAGGCCCCUGGCAUCCAUCAUCAAGGAGGUCUGUGACGGGUGGUCGCUACCAAACCCUGAGUACUACACACUGCGAUAUGCCGAUGGGCCCCAGCUAUACAUCACGGAGCAGACUCGCUGCGACAUCAAGAAUGGGACCAUCCUGCAGCUGGCUGUCUCCCCGUCCAGGGCAGCUCGCCAGCUGAUGGAGAGAAUCCAGUCACACAGCAUGGAGGCCCGACUGGAUGCCAUGAAAGAGCUGGCAAAGCUCUCUGCAGACGGGACCUUUGCCACAGAGUUCAUCAACAUGGAGGGCAUCACAGUGCUGACACGUCUGGUGGAGAGUGGCACCAAGCUCCUGUCCCACUACAGUGAGAUGCUGGCGUUCACUCUGACGGCCUUCCUAGAGCUCAUGGACCAUGGCAUCGUCUCCUGGGACAUGGUCUCCAUAACUUUCAUCAAGCAGAUUGCAGGGUACGUCAGUCAGCCCACACUGGACGUCUCCAUUCUCCAGCGGUCGCUAGCCAUCCUGGAAAGCAUGGUGCUGAACAGCCAUACUCUGUACCAGAAGAUAGCAGAGGAGAUCACCGUGGGUCAGCUCAUCUCGCACCUCCAGGUCUCGAAUCAGGAGAUUCAGACUUAUGCCAUUGCCCUGAUCAACGCCCUCUUCCUGAAGGCACCAGAGGACAAGAGACAGGACAAGCUCCUUAACCCGCUAGACCUGCCUGUCACUGAAAUGGCCAAUGCGUUUGCCCAGAAGCAUCUGAGGUCCAUCAUCCUGAAUCACGUGAUCAGAGGAAACCGCCCGAUCAAAACUGAGAUGGCGCAUCAGCUGUAUGUGCUGCAGGUGCUGACCUUUAACCUCCUGGAGGAGCGGAUGAUGACCAAAAUGGACCCGAAUGAUCAGGCACAGAGAGACAUCAUCUUUGAGCUGAGGAGAAUCGCUUUUGACGCUGAGUCUGACAGCAACACUGUCCCGGGGAGCGGGACAGAGAAACGCAAAGCCAUGUACACCAAGGACUACAAGAUGCUGGGAUUCACUAAUCACAUCAAUCCAGCCAUGGACUUCACCCAGACGCCCCCAGGGAUGCUGGCCUUGGACAACAUGCUCUACUUGGCCAAGUUCCAUCAGGACACCUACAUCAGGAUCGUCCUGGAGAACAGCAGCCGGGAGGACAAACAUGAGUGCCCAUUCGGGCGCAGCGCUAUUGAGCUCACUAAGAUGCUAUGCGAGAUCCUGCAAGUCGGGGAACUCCCCAAUGAGGGCCGGAACGACUACCACCCCAUGUUCUUCACCCACGACCGAGCAUUCGAGGAGCUCUUUGCCAUCUGCAUCCAGCUGCUGAACAAGACCUGGAAGGAGAUGAGAGCAACAGCAGAGGAUUUCAACAAGGUGAUGCAGGUGGUACGGGAGCAGAUCACACGGGCUCUGCCCUCCAAGCCCAACUCCCUGGACCAGUUCAAGAACAAGCUGCGCAGCCUGAGCUACUCGGAGAUUCUGCGGCUACGGCAGUCCGAGAGGAUGAGCCAGGACGACUUCCAGUCACCGCCCAUCGUGGAACUGAGGGAGAAAAUCCAGCCUGAGAUUCUGGAGCUGAUAAAGCAGCAGCGUCUGAACCGGCUGUGUGAGGGGAGCAGCUUCCGGAAAAUUGGGAACCGUAGGAGACAAGAGAGGUUCUGGUACUGCCGCCUAGCUCUGAACCACAAGGUCCUGCACUAUGGAGACCUGGAAGACAACGCCCAGGGGGAAGUGACCUUCGAGUCCCUGCAGGAGAAAAUUCCAGUUGCAGACAUCAAGGCCGUUGUCACGGGGAAGGACUGUCCUCACAUGAAGGAGAAAAGUGCCCUGAAGCAGAACAAGGAAGUGCUAGAAUUGGCCUUCUCCAUACUGUAUGAUCCUGACGAGACCUUGAACUUCAUUGCACCUAACAAGUAUGAGUACUGCAUCUGGACGGACGGGCUGAACGCGCUGCUGGGCCGCGACAUGAGCAGCGAGCUGACGCGCAGCGACCUGGACACGCUGCUGAGCAUGGAGAUGAAGCUGCGGCUGCUGGACCUGGAGAACGUGCCCGUGCCCGAGGCGCCGCCGCCCGUGCCCCGCGAGCCUAGCACCUACGACUUCGUCUACCACUACGGCUGAGCGGCCGGGACCGCGGGGCGGGCGGGACCGCGGGGCGCGGUGUUCAUUACAGUGCGGGACCAGCG